AGGACAAAGGUAACAAAACAUGCCAAAAACCCGAGUCCCAUGUGACUUCUUCCGCUCCACAAAAGCUCUAUCCUCUUCUCUUUUAUCACGAAACUUUCAAUUCCCAACUUCGAUAUGCCCUGUCUCAAUUCGUCCAUGGCGUUCUCUCUGUCCUCGGCUCCUUCGUUUCCGUGCUCAACGCCCUGUGCCAAUCCCGGGCGGCUAAUUUGCUCGAGCCUCGUCGUAAGAUGUGAGGCCGACGGUUCAUCGGCGGCGGCGGCGAGAUCGAAGCUAGAGGUAGGCUCUCCAGUUAUCAUGACCGAGGCUCCUACGAUGAUCAAGACCGCGGCGUCCGUUCCAUGCCUACGGAUUAAUUCUGGCUUGGUCAAGCCCGGAGAUGUAGGCAGAAUCGUGUCGAGGAAGCCGAAGGACGUAUGGGCGGUCCGUCUCGCGAUCGGGACUUACCUCAUCGACGGCAAGUACUUUGAGCCGUUGAAGCUUAACGAUUGAUUCGAAUCAGGAUGUAUUGAUGCGCGGUGCAGCCCAAAGUUUAUGCAUAUUCGGGGGAUUUUGGUAUAGUUCGAUGCUAUUUAUGGGGAGCCUCUGUUGGAAAAAAGGUUCGAUUGGUGUACUGAUCUUCAAGCAAACCUAGCCCUGAUCCCAGGUUUCUCGAGUCGAUGCUCAGGAGAAUUCAAUGUUACUUGCUCAAAAGAAAUAAUCAAUCGUCAUUUGGGUAACUUGCCAGAGGAUUCACGUUACAUCAGACCAUAAUCAAGGAACCCAUCUAGUCAAGCAAAGAUUUAAUUGCAAUUUACAACGUUUCACGUGUGUCACAACUUGAAAUAUAUACAUACUUGUGCUUGA